AUGUCGCGGAGGUUCGCGAACAUCUCCUACGCAGAAUGGAGGAAUCCGUACGAUUCCACCCCCUAUCGGGUGGACUUCUCGGACUACUCGGUUCCAACUGGAGAGUUCUCAUAUGUCUCAACAAUACCUCUCCCGCCGCCUCCUGUAUUCAACGAUCCAGGAGUGAGAAUGGUGUAUGAAGAAUGGAGUGACGACGAAAAGGAUGCGGUUAUGACCAAUGCGGCCCCUCCUGCUCCGGAUCCGCCUGCUCCGGACCCCCCUGCUCCUACGGAAGAGGAGCCUAAGAUUGAAGCACCAGCUCCAGCGCCAGUGCCAGCUGCGCCAGCCGCUCCACCACAUCCCGCAGACAUAGUUCCUCCGCCUUCUCCAACAUUAUCAACUGUUUCGACGAAAGCGUCGAGUAUAUCGGGCAAAGCGAAAGAGCAGAAAAAGAAGGCUAAGAAAGCGCCUCCACCGCCUCUCUUUUGGACGAGACACAAACCUAAACCACCAACAGCAAAGCCCAACCCCAAACCAGCCGAUGCACCCAAGAAAGCUCGAUCACCACCCCCAGGGCCUAAGGAGGCGCCACCGUCAGCCCCUGAACCGCUGCCUCCAUCAGCGGCAGAGGCUAGACCGGUAGACAGCCCGGAUGCGGCCCCUUCCUCUGCCCCCGAACCUAAAGACCCUGAACCGCCUCCACCGGCCGCUAAACCAGAAGAAAAUGCGCAAGAUGCACCACCUUUGGCGAUUGAACCACCCCAUCCUCCAGUAGAAUCACAAGAGCCCGCUAAACUCGCCGAAGCAAAGGAAGAAACCAAAUUAGAUGAGUCUAGCACUAAGGAAUCCCCAGCCGAGCCAACCCCAGAGGAUCCUCCUACCAAAUCUUCAGAACCGGAGGCGGUGAAAUCAGACGAACCUUCUGUUGCCGAACUCUCAUCUGCUGCUGAAGAUACAGCAAAGGAAGCCGGUGCAGCUGCUGAAGCUGCACCAACAGAAACUCAGCCUACGCCUCCCCCCGCCGCGACUGAUGACGCUCCCAGUGCGCCACAAGAUGCAACUCCCGCAGACAAUCCUAAAGAGGAGUCCGAAAAGGAUGUAGCGCCGGAGCCUGUCCCCGCCGAGCCAGAUGCGCCUGUUGAUGAUAAGGAUGACAGUGCUCAACCACCUGCUGCCGAACCAGAAUCCUCAGCAAAGAAAGAAGAAGAUAAAUCCGAGUCUACCAAAGAGUCCGAGGAGCCUGCUUCUGAAACUGCGCCCGCUGCUGACCCUGAGCCCGCUGCUGAUCCGGAUCCCGCUGCCGACCCGAAGCCCGCUGCUAACCCGGAGCCCGCUGCCGACCCAGAGCCUGCUGCCGACCCAGAGCCUGCUACUGACCCUGAGACUGCCAAGGAGCCGGAGUCUACCGCUGCACCCGAGCCUGUCGAAGAGCCCGAACCUACAGCCACACCCGAGUCAGUUGCCGAAGCUGAGCCUGCUGCUGCACCCGAGCCUACGAAGGAGCCCGAGCCUGCCGCCCCAUCUGAGCCUGCCGCUGAAGUGGAUGCUUCUGCAGACCCUACGCCUGGUGCAAAUCCUCCCACCGAAUCUCAGGCCCCGGAAGAACCUGUGCCUGCCCCGGAUCCAGAGACUGUCAAAGACCCAGAGCCUGCCAAAGACCCAGAGCCUGCCAAUGACCCAGAGCCUGCCAAAGAUCCAGAGCCUGCCAAAGGUUCAGAGCCUCCCAAAGAUCCAGAGACUGCCAAAGAUCCAGAGCCUGCGACCAAGUCAGUGGAAGAUCCGGAACCGAAACCCGCUGAUGAUAUCAAAGAGGAACCGGAGGAAAAUGCUCCUCCUGCCGAGCCUACGCCGGUAGACCCAUGUCCUGAUCCAUUCGAAGAACAGGCCGUCGAGACUGUUAAUGAGGAGUCAGCAACUCCAACUCCACCUCAACCUAGUGAGCCUGACCCGGAACCACCAGCCGUUGUUGACUCAUAUUCACCACCUUCACCUUCACCCAUCCUCCCCGAAGCACCAGAACCUCCGGUGAGCGGGGUGAAUGCGCCUCCAGAUGCAACCUCGGAGCCUCCAGCAAUUGAUGGAUCCUCUACCGAUCGUCCUAGCUCAGUCAAAUCGAAUCUCAGUUCGAAGAGCGUGUCAUUCGCCGCGGAUGUUGUUGACGGCGCUCAUGGAAAGCCAAAGCGCGUCAAGGGAAAGCCGAUGAUAAUCCGUGAGAGAGCAUCCCCUCAAAAGAAGGCUAAGGGUGGCAGCGAAGUUGGUAAAGCUAAAAGCGUUAUCAAUGAGGUGACAGAAGACGAAAAUGGUGCAGAUGGUGGAGUGAAACUGAACGAAGCUAAAGCUGGAAGCGUGGUGUCGGAGAAAGAGUCAAAAAAGAAGAAGGUGAACGGAAUGGUCAGGGAGCGGACCAAAGAGAAGCAUGAGGCAAAAGAUAAACAUGAAGAAAAGGAGAAGGAGUCGAAGAAGAAGGGGGGGAAAGAGAAUAAGGCGAAGGAGGAGGAAGAAAAGAAGAAGGAAGCCCUUCUGGUCAGGAAACCUAAAGGCAAGAAAGAGAAGGGUGGGAAGGGCAAGAAGAAAUUGAAAUCAAAGGCUGCGGACUGUGAUCCUGAGAAGGGCGCAGAAGAGGAGCACGCAGACCCGGCUUCACCUGAUGGCAAUGCAGCAAGCACUGCGGUCGACAACCCUAAAGGCCAAACUGAGUCAGCCGUCGAAUCUGAGCCUGCUCCUGCAGCAGAGGUGACAGAUGUGCCGAAUGACGCAUCCAGUGACGAGCCUGUUGGAUCUGUACAAAAGUCCACCGACACCCCCAAGGAAGAUAUUAGUGGAAAUGCACCAAAUGAGCCCAAGCCAGAAACAGCAGUCGAACCAUUACCUGCGGAACAGCACGACGCCGAACAGCCAGCGACUGAUGCCGAGGGAGCCGCUUCUGGUGUUGAUGAUACAGCUCUAGAUCAAGGUGAAGCCACUGAAACCACCGAAGCCAUUGAACCCGAAGGAGCCAAAGAGGUGCCUCUACCAAACCCCGCGGAGACGGCAUCUGUUCUGGAGAAAGAAGAAACAUCGGCCAGUAUGGGCCAAGGCACCUCAAAUCCCGAAGAUCAUGUUCCUGGCACUUUUCCCGACGCGCUUGACGACGGCCCCGAAAAGCCUGCUUCAGAAAACUCUACCAUUCCCGUCGAAGUAGUCGUAGCUGCGGUUGUUUCCUCUGCAGUUGUUGCUUCCGAAGGAUCUGAAGAUGACGAAUCGAAAGUGGGGCCUUCGAGGCAGGAAGAGGCCACAGAAGAACAUACUCCUGAGGUUGUAUUGAGUGAACAAGAGCAACAGCCUCUCGAAGGUCCCAGUGAGCCUGAAGCCAAAAAUUCUUCCGCAGCGACUGAGCCUCCUGCAACUGAUCCCCCUACGACGGAGCCUACCGAUGUCGAACCGGCUGCGACUGAGCCUACUGAAAUACUUUCUACCGAACUCGAAGACCUAAUAGCUGCUGCCACUAAACCGCAGGUUGAAGUCAUCAGUGCAACCGAAGAAAACGCCCCCGAACCAGGUCCUGCACCCGACAACACACCAACUCCUGAAGGCCAAACCGACGAUGCAAUCAUCGAAUCACCAGGAGAUGGAUCCGGAGUCGAAGAUACAAUUGCUCAAGGACUAAAUCCUGUGGCGAAUGAAGCGUCCACUCCCCAUGAAGAUGGCUAUGCUUCCCCACCCACCGAACGCCCAACGGCUGAACCUGGAGAUGGUGACAAAAUUGUGGAUGAAAAAGAACUUGCCGCGAGUGAUACGCCUGCUCCGUGUGAAGAAGGCCCAGCUGCUGCAGCCACUGAAAGUUCUGCAGGUGAGGCAACGGAAGCAGAUGAUUCAGUGCGAGUGGCGGAUAACGAUGAGCCGCCUAUGCAGCCCGAAGCCGUCGAAGACAGGAUAGAAUAUAUGCCAAACUCUGAACCAGAGAACCAGGAAUGUCCAGCCUCGAGCGAUCCCACUGCGGUUGUAGCAACGGAGCCGGAGGCCUCCAGUCCACCAGCCACUGAAUCGUCGACAGUAUCAACAGACGUGGAACCGACUGAAACUCAACAAGCAGGAGACCAGGACCCACCAACAUCUGAAACCCAGGCCGAAAAUACCGACCAUCCCCAUGUGCCUAUUUCGGAGGAGGCGGCGGUAGUGGUGGCAAAACUAGCAUCGGUGUCCGACCCAGCAGAAUCAGUUCUACCACCACCUCAAGAAUCGCAGCCAGGCCCAGCUGAUGCCACCGAAAUUGCUUUUGUAGCUGAACCAAUAAAUGAAGAUUUAGAAAAUGCACCAGUUGAGCAGAUGGGCCAAAUCGCACUACUGGACCCAGAAGCGUCCGUGAGCGGACAGGCUGACGGAGCACUCGAGGAAUUGAUUGUGGGGUUAGAAGCAAAAGAGAAUCUUCAGCCGGAUAGUUCGAUUGAUGGAGAUCAAGUAGGGAAGAGCAAGGAAAUGCAGGACACACCCAGCCCUGAACAUUCAGCGGACACUCCGAGCGAAGCAAAUCUACCUGAAUUGACCCCUGCAACGACUGUAGACGGGAUAUCAGAGCCAGGCACCGACACUGCAACGAAUGAAGUGGCCUCGGUAGAUUCAAAGCCACUUGAAGAUGCUGCUCAGGAGGCCGAGUCUGCUAAAGUAGAUCCGGAGCCAGAGGUCAGCACUGGAGGCGAUGGAGCUGCUGAUGCUGACAAGCUUAGAGAAUUGGAUCGGGCAGAACCGCCAGUCGAACAAGAGCAACCUGAAGUGGAACGCCCUGCUGGAGUCGAAGCAGAGCCUAGCGACCAAUCUACCGAACUGUUGGAAUCGAAACCCGAAGGUGAGGAGAGCAAACUAGAUACAGACAAACCCGAAGCCGUACCGGAAGUGAGUGACACUGCGGCUGGGCCAGCAAAAGACACGGACGGUGAGCCUACCCAUGAUGGAAAAAGCGGAGGAGACGCUCCCACCGAUGGCCAGCAAGAAGACUCGAAAGCAGAAGCACAUUUGCCACCUCAAGGGGAACAUGAAGACGGGGACGAAGCUGGAACUGCGCCAGAAGCACCUGAAGGGCCAUCUUCGCAACUAGCUGAGUCUCCAGUUGAAGAAGCUUCCAAUGAUGCGCCUUCUGGAACGGAAGUAGGUAUAAGCGAAGAAGGGGAAAAAGGUGAAGAAGCUUCUGCCCCUGAAGGUGUGGAGGAAAAGCCUAUGGGUGAAGUGGCCGAAUCACCUAGACAAGAAGCUGAAAUGGCGAAGGAGUCGGAAGCACCUGCAGAUGAGAAAGAGGCAAGUGACGCUGCUCCAGAGGUUCUCGAGAAGUCACUGGAAGCAGGAGAUGUGAACGUGGAGGCUCCAGCUGAAACACCUGCAACUGAGACACCUCCGGUUGAGCCUACACCUGUCGAAGUGUCCAAGGAGGAUUCUGCAGGGGCGAACAAUGAAGAACCCGUGCCAGAAGUCCAUGAAGAGCCGACGGGAGACUCGGCGACAGGCACAGAAGAAAAGGUCUCUGAGAAAUCUGUAGAUGAACCUGUCAGCGAGAAUCAAGCAGAAGUUCCCCCGGAUCCACCCGCAGAGACUCCACCUCCAGAGGCUCCCGCAACAGAGGCUCCUCAGACCGAUACUCCUCCGUUAGAGGCACCGGCAGAAGAUCCCUCAGCAGACGGUGCUGUGGAGGAUGCAGCAGAGGCACCAUCAGAGGCACCGCCUGCAGAUGAGUCAAAAGAGACGCCCACAGAGGUACCAACGGACGCGCCAUCGGACUCGCCAGUGGAGGCACCGCCGGCAGAGAUACCAAAAGAGAUACCCGGAGAGGCACCUGCUGAGGCACCGGAAGCACCACCCGCAGACAAACCCAAAGAACCGCCAGCAGAGGCACCGCCAGCAGAGGUGCAAACAGAUAAUCCCAUAGAGGAACCAUCGGAUACCCCUGUGGACGCCCCUGUAGAUGAAGACAUACCAAUUGUGGCAGAAGUAGACACAGCUGGUGGCGAAGAAGAGGUGAACAAGCCUGAACCGGCGAAGGAAUCAACAGGCAAAGACACAGAGAAAGAGCCUGAGGAUGCAAAAUCUCCUGACGCUCCGCUUGAAAGUCAAAUCAAAGAAGCAGGAGUGAAAGCUGCCGUUCCCGUAGAUGACACACCGCCACCACAAAACGAGUCACCCAAAACACCACCCAACGAAUCCGCUGUUACCGACGACUCGGUAUCUCCAAAGUCUCCUCCUUCACCAGUGGUAGAACCGAAAAGAUCACGACGUCAUUCACACCAUCAUCACUCGAAAACAUCUGAGAAUCGACGGGACAGCCACACAAGUUCGAAAAGACGCGAGAAAGCAAGCUCCAGCAAAACUCGAGAGAUGAAGCACUCUGGCACCAAGCGGUCUUCUGAAAAAGACAACCGACACACAUCGUCCCAUCGUCGCCGCAGUGAUGCUGCCGAAAGCCCUGAAGAGCGCGCUGAACGGCGUCGGCGCCGGGAUGAACGUGCGAGACGCGAUGCCGAGGAACAACAGAAAGCACAGGAGGAGCAAGAACGACUUCACCAAGAGCGGCGAGCAGCUCGAGAAGCUGCGACCAAAGAGCUAAAACAUGACGAAGAGCGCCGGCGACGGCGACACGCCGAACGCAAAGAGCGGGAAGAGAAAUCUAGGGUAGCAGAACGAGAGCGAGCCGCUGCAGAACAAGCGGACCGCCAACGAAGGAGGGAGGAACGACGGGCGAGGGAACAUGCGAGACGCGCUGCGGAAGGCGAUGCAGAUUUCGUCUCCAAGGACGGGCCCUCUGAGGACACAGGAUCGCCCCCGAAACUGUCACGCAGAAGCACGGGUGAUGCACGUCCUCGUGAACGGAAACAGGACCCCAGCCCGGCUUUCGGUGGGCUCUUCAAGUCCAAUACUGGUGGGUUCUUUGGGAUGUUCUCAUCGUCUGAGAAGAAGGAAAGGGAGCGAGCACGAGUGGCAAAGGCCGAAGUGGAUCGCCGUGAACGACAUCGACGACGAAGAGAAUCAAUGGCAGACAAAGGAGACGCGCCUCCGCAACCGGCCCCUGCAGAAGAAGGGACAAGAGACGCUCCGAACGAUGCAGCUCCAGAUGAUGCUCCAACGGAACCGGCUGCCCCUGACGCCCCACCAGCCCCCGAGCUUAUCCCCGAAGAGCCUCAGGCAGCUCCGCCAACCGAGCCUGCCGCCCCAGACGAAGUACCACCGCCAAAAGACCAGUCUCCUCCCCGCCGUAGCAAGCGCCAUUCGCACCAGGACACAUCCGCACGCCGCCGCCGCACUAUAUCCGACCGCGACCGACCGAAGAGCAUGCGUGUCGAUGGCCAUAAGGACCGAGACCGGGACAGGCAUCGAGAGCACACACAUCGGCGCCGUGACAGAUCGCACCGAUCUGGCUCGGAUAGGGAUAGGGCUAAGGAAGAUCAGGGGACGCGGGAACGGUCUCCGGAAGGGAGCGAUCGGGCGAGGACGGGUGGGCGAGAACAUGGGGAGGGGAGGAGGGAGAGGGUGAGGGAGCCACGGGAGCGGGUCAGGGAGAGAGAGACGAAGCGGAGUUCCGGGUUUUGGGGGAGUUUGAAGAAGAUUAUCCUUUGA